AUGUCAACAUCCAUUUCAAAAACACCUUUACAGACAAAGACAACGUCAAGGAGAGAUGUGUUAAUAUCUAAAGCGUUGUCAUACCUUCUUCGACAUGGUGCAGAGAAGGAGAAUUUGGCCAUUGACAAUCUGGGCUAUGUACCUAUUGUCCAGAUUUUGCAACACCAACGAUUGAAAAGUUUCAAGACGACGAGGGAAGAUAUAGAGCGGAUUGUUGCCGAGAAUGAUAAGCAGAGGUUUAGUAUAAAUGCGGAGGAGGAUACGAUAUGUGCUAACCAGGGCCAUUCUCUUUCUUCCGUUAGUGGGACAUUAGAUCUUUUGACUAAAGCACAAUUGGCUGAGAUGGCAAUUUAUCAUGGCACAUACAAGAAGAAACUACCAUUGAUUCUUGGGAGUGGUGGAUUGAGCAGAAUGAAUAGGAACCAUAUACAUUUUACAUGCGAGCAAUAUCAUACAAUAUCGGGGAUCAGGAACUCUGCGAAUUGCUUGAUAUAUAUUGAUACGGACAAGUGUAUUGAUGAAUAUGGAUUGCAGUUUUUCAAGAGUGCAAAUAAUGUGAUAUUGUGUGCUGGGAAUGAGCACGGUGUUAUCCCGGUGGAUUGUUUUGCCAAAGUUGUUGACUUGAAGGGACAGCCAGUGAAGGUGGUGGUGGAAAGAGAAACUGGAAAAGAGGUUGCAAAAGAUGCUAAAUCGAGUUAA